CAGGAAAGGUCUGCCUUGCUGUUCCUCCCAACACUGGUGUCCAGGAGAGAGUGUGGCUGGAGCAGGCUGCCAUGCCCGGGGUUACUGGUCAUUUAGAUGACUGCACCUGUGAUGUAGAAACCAUUGAUGCCUUCAACAACUACAAACUUUUUCCUAGGCUGAAUGAACUUCUAGAAAGCGACUAUUUUCGAUAUUACAAGGUAAACCUAAAGAAACCUUGUCCUUUUUGGAAUGACAACAGUCACUGUGGAAUAAGAGACUGUGCUGUAAAGCCCUGCCCAUCUGACGAAGUCCCUGAUGGAAUCAGAUCUGGAAGUUACAAGUAUUCAGAAGAAGCUAAUAACCUUGCUGAAGAAUGUGAAGAAGCCAAGAGGCUUGGAGCUGUUGAUGGCUCUUUGAGCAAGGAAACCCAGCAGGCAAUGCUGCAGUGGACACGGCACGAUGACUCUUCAGACAGCUUCUGCGAAGCUGAUGACUUCUAUUCUCCUGACACGGAGUACGUGGAUUUACUCCUGAAUCCUGAACGCUAUACUGGCUACAAAGGACCGGAUGCCUGGAAGAUCUGGAACAGUAUUUAUGAAGAAAACUGCUUCAAGCCUCAGAAUGUAAAAAGACCUUUGGCAUCUGGUAGAGGAGACGAUGGAGGUCAUACGUUUUACAAGUGGCUGAAAGGUGUCUGUGUAGAGAAACGAGCUUUCUACAAACUCAUUUCUGGUCUCCAUGCAAGCAUCAACAUCCAUUUGAGCGCCAGGUACCUCUUACAAGAUACGUGGUCAGAGAAGAAAUGGGGCCCCAAUGUUACAGAGUUCCAGCAGAGAUUUGAUGAAGUCAUCACCAGAGGGGAAGGUCCCAGAAGACUCAAGAACCUGUAUUUUCUCUACCUGAUAGAGCUGCGGGCCCUAUCCAAAGUGCUGCCGUUCUUUGAGCGCCCAGGUUUCCAGCUGUACACAGGGAAUGAAAGUCACGACGUGGAAGUGAAAAACCUCUUGCUGGAAAUUCUCCAUCUGGCCAAGUCUUUCCCACUGCAUUUCGAUGAAAACUCAUUCUUUGCAGGGAAUAAAAAGGAAGCCGCUAAACUAAAGGAGGAAUUUAGGCUACACUUUAAGAAUAUUUCUAAGAUAAUGGACUGCGUUGGCUGCUUCAAAUGUCGCCUGUGGGGGAAGUUGCAGACACAGGGCUUGGGGACAGCGCUGAAGAUCCUCUUUUCUGAAAACCUGAUAGAAAAGAUACCUGAAAGCGGCCCCUCCUAUGGAUUCCAGCUGACAAGACAAGAAAUCGUUGCCUUAUUUAAUGCUUUUGGAAGGAUUUCAACAAGCGUUAAAGAACUGGAAAACUUCAGGAACAUCUUACGAAAUCUGUAG